AUGUACGAGCUUCAAACGGCCCGUCCUUCACCUACCCAGCAUGAGUUCGAAUUAGGUACAAGGCUACCGAUUUCUCACCGCGAGUGGAGGAAGCAAAUACAGGACGCUUUCAAACAGGAUUUACCACCCUCACUGGAUACGGUAGAAUGGAAGGGUGGAUCAUACAUCAGCCAUAAGCAGUUUCUGUCCAUGAGAUGUGGUUCCCCCGAAAUGGAUCCCGAAGCAGAUUUCGAAGUGGACAGAGAGAUUGCGCGGGAAUUCUGGGAUGACUUUCCAUCAUUUAAUGCCUACAUGGAGGCAGUAAUGAAUGACUGGUCAAAGGCCAAGGCCUUGAAGACCCGAGGAGUCGGUUACCAACAGGAAAAAAGCGCGCAGUCUGGGCAUCAUGCAGAUUGCCCGAACAAGAUAAGAGCAGCUCAUCGAUGCCGACACAAAGCUGAGCGAUUGAUGAGAAGAUGGUAA